CAGUUUUAUAACACUUAGGAUGUUAAAAAUCAGGAGUCAGCGUGCAACUCUGUUGCUUAAGAGUUCUGGAGUACAAGGUCUCACGUUCAGACAAGGCAGUUGCUCUAGUGUGUUUACAGGUGUGACCCAGCACGUUAAAAGCCUCUUAAAAGCAGGGCGCCGAUGACAGGGAGCAAACAGCAGGUGAGAAAAAAAUACGAGACUCACGUCGUCACGUGAUGAAGAAAAAAAAUAUAAAGUGUGGUGGGUGAACCACUGAACAGGAGGGGAAACCACCCCUUCUGGCGAGCAGCCAGAGGAUCACAAGGGCCGUUAGGAGGCUGCAGUUCUUCCGAUGAGGAGCACAGAGACAGCACCUCCUUCACCAGCUGCGGCUUCUGCCUUUCAGCACCACCAUGGAUCUGCUCACGCUUCUCUCGCUUUUCCAGACGCUGGCUCUCUGUCAAGCUUCUCGAAACGGGUCCACCUCCGCCUGGCAGAAUGAUUCCCUGCCCCAGCAGAAGCAAGAGCUCCAUAUCAAUCACACCACACUUUACUGGCUGUCCAGGGAAUGUUCUGGAACUCUGGGAACCUAUCACGGUGAGCGGCGGCUUGUCGUCGCACUUCCCCUGGCGUCCAGGGAGACGGCAGCAGAGCAAAUCUGCUCAGAUCUGGGCUGCGGACGAAUGAUCAACGUGAGCGAAAGCGCAGUCCCCCGUGGCAGCAGCCUGCUGACAAACUGCACCUACGCAGUGGACGGCCAGUGGAACUGCACCCUGGACGAGUGGAGAAACAGCACCAGAGCCACAGAAAUCAUCUGUGAGCACCAGCUGGUCCGGCUGGUGGAUGGCAAGGACCGCUGUACCGGGAGGGUGGAGCUGCAGAGCGCUGGGCAGUGGGGCACGGUGUGUGACGACGGCUGGGACCUGCAGGCUGGGCACGUUGCGUGUGCACAGCUGGGCUGUGGCUACGCACUGAAAGUGACAGGCCAGGAUGGCCUCUUCAAGCCGGGAAGUGGGCCCAUCCACCUCGAUGACAUCAACUGCACCGGUACCGAGAAAAAUCUGUGGAAGUGCCUGGCCUCACACCGCAGCCAGGACUGUGGCCACAAGGAGGACGCCGGGGUGGUGUGCUCAGAGAUGAGAGAUGUGCGACUCACGGGUGGCCUGGACCGCUGCUCUGGCAGGGUGGAGAUGCACCGCAACGGCAGCUGGGGCACGGUAUGCGACAACAGCUGGGCGAAGCAGGAGGCCAGCAUGGUGUGCUCAAUGCUGGGCUGCGGAUCGCCCGUUCAAUUCACGGCAUUCGACCGCCUCCUCCCAUCCAGCAAGGACAUGCGCUGGUUUUUGGUCUGCAAAAGCCACUACAAGCAUCUGUGGCAGUGCAGAGAGAUCAUCAACAGCCCCCAUCUCUGCCAAACAUCCAAAGCGGCCAUGCUUAUCUGUAACGAGUCCCUCGGCCUUUUCUCUAAUGCAACACCAACGACGAUCUUCACUCCUCUGUCCUGGAGCGCAGGUCCGACGUCGACACCGGAGCCAGGUGGGCUGUUCCUCGCCCUGUCUCCGCCACUGUGGGGCUGCUUGGCCCUGUCGCUGGUUCUGCUGCUGGUGCUCCUGGUCAACAUGGUGGUGUGCUGCUGGUGUCGGGGGAGAUACACUUAUGCGGUUCAGCAGGGGAUUUUCAAGCCCCAGGCACAAGUCAACGCUCAGCCCAAUGAGUACAGGGAGACCCUGGACCUCCCCAGGAUAGCCAGUGACCCCUCUGCAUAUGACGCUCCACUUGUCUGCAGGACUGUGCUCCACCAAACCAGCAUAGAUUCCUCCCUGGAGCCAGACUAUGAGUACCAGGACCCCAGCGGCCAGGCGGUUCUUUCCACCUUGUCCACCUUCCAGAACUCCCUUCGCAAUAAAGAAAACAGCAGCAAUCCCACCAUGAAGACUUCUGCCCUGCACUCUCUUCCAGAAAUAGCACCUGUAAUGACAGAAGAAAGCUACCCCCAAGCUGUUGACCAGACUGUCACCCCAAGUGAGGACUCAUUUGAUUCAUCCAGCACUUCUUCCGGGGAAUGCUAUGUGAACACAGACAACAUCAGCUGUCCACUGCUGGUGGAUACCGUCCCGGAGCAAAGUGCAGUUAGCCAAAAUGGCUACAGCAGCCUGGGGCUCAAAGGAGAGUCCAGCUUGCAUUCUGAAGAACACUAUGGAAGCACACCCGGUGGGAGUGAUUAUGACGAUAUCGCCAACUACUGGCACUGAGAGGAACUGCACCUGCCCCUCCCCCCAGCACCACCUGGUGACAGUUGUUCUCAUUCAAGCAUUUCCGUGAUGUGCCUCACAACUCAUUACACAUCUGACAGAUGUAUGAAAUGCUUAUUCUUCAGAAUGUACUAUGAAAAAAGGUGCAAAUUGGGGUUAUAUUAUCAGCUUGAAUGCCUUUUUCCCCCCAGGGAUUCUUCCAGAUUCAGUGAUGUUCAGCACAGUUUUCUUAUAUAUGUAAAGGUGCUCAACUUUACCGAGGGACACAGUCUGAGAGUUAUUAUGAUGUUCGUUUGCACACUGACCCUUAUUGCCAUGAUUCCGGAGGACGGACAUGUUGAAAGGUCCACCGUGAAGAUAUACUUGUGAAUAUGACUUUGAGGUUAGGGGAGUCUGUCAUGUUGGCCUGAGAUGACGGCUGAGCUCAUUUAUACUCCAAAUUUGGGCGAAGGUUUGUAGAAAACACCAAAUAAAAGGCUGUGGAGAAACCUAGCAGCUGCCAUAGCUGCCUGCACAGUUACGAAAAAUGUAACAUGCCAAGCGUUAACAGCGGGCAGGAAAUCGAGAUAUAAUGCAUGAAACAAAAUGCACUGCUGUCGAUAGUAAUUGCAGCUACAGAACGCUUCCUGGCUGAUUUGCGGUUGUUCAGCAGAUGUGACACAGGGGGAAGCUGGUUGGUCUUUUUUGAGUAUUUAGAGCUUUUGGUUUAAUGAUUUUUUUUAGCCUUUCUCUAGUGCACCAAGCCAGCGCUUUCAAUACCACUGGUAUACUGAGGUGUUAAUGAGACUUACAAAUGCUCAGGGUCAAAUGUUAAAUGUUCUGUGUUACUGCUUGUUCAUGUUCUUCUUCCAUUGUCUUUCAAUAAAAAUUUGAUCACAAAAAAGACACUUUUCUUCUAUUGCUGGCUGUUAAUACUGUGAACAAAAGGUGCAAUUGAGACACAUCAGUGCUUAUAUACCGAUAACAAUUAGUAAAAAACUUUUAUGCAAUAUUAGUUUUUUCUUACUUUUAAGACCUAUUGAUUCAUAGUGGAAGUUCCAAUGGCACCAGAAGAACAUAUAGUUCAUAUGGCAUUAUAUAUGUAUAUAUACAAAGAAAUUGACUGGUUUUCUUAGUAUACAGCACUCUCAAGGGCCCCCAACGUGCCUUCAUAAGUGUCCAUAGCAGAGACCAAGAGGUUGCAGAAGUUCCCAGUGUUGAAUUGGAUUGUUAAGUGGACUGCUGGAGUUCCUCUCCGUCUUGACGGCAUACAGCGACACCUACCGUCAGCUGAGUGGCCGCAGGGGUGGGAUCCCACUGACAUCGUAUUCCAGCAAGCACGCUACGCCUCAGUGAAGCCGUGCGGCAAGGGGAAGCCGGUAGCUGAUGUCACACACAUCAGAGGGUGUGGCCUGAAUGUCAUGUGCUUCAGGUGAGACCUACGACAUGAUAACUGAGCUGCUCCACGCUGUCAGGAUAAAAGUACCAGUUUGUAACCUUUGAGGGUACAAUUACUUGUGACUGUGCUGUACCCUCAAGGGUCAAAUGUACGUUUUACGGUACAGAAGCGGACACCCUUGGACGUGCAUCAAUGUUGUUUGUAAUUUGGAGAACAAAACCUUUCCAGGACUGAAACCUUUUUUCUGAAAGCUGGGAGGCAAUUUCUGGAGACUAUCCCUCCAGUUCUCCAUAAAGCUAAUUAAUAUUUACUAGCUACUACAACUGUUCCUACU